CCGGGACAGAACUUAACUUUUGUGAGAGAUAUACUUACGUUUUACUAUUUCAUAUUACAUUUCUUAAAUAAGAAAGCAUAGGAAAAAUGUAAAAAGAGUUAUGUGCAACUUUGUAUGUUGGAAAAUGGUUAAAUCAAGUUCUCCGUAGGUGGCAAGUUAUGUUGAUGUUGAUGUGUCCAUUACGAGUGUUUAUUUCUCGAAGGCUGUUUCGGUUUCUCUGAGGCUUUCCAGUUUGUGGGCAGUGACAAAAUGCAUGAACUGCUUAAGCACGUAUUAAACGAGCGAGACUUGACUCGGGCCGGCGAUUUAUUUGCAAUUCCGGAUUCGGAAAUCGUCGACGAUUUAAAUGAAGUUUUAAAACAAAUAACAGAAAUAUCAUCAAGACCCGACUACUGCCGUAACGAUCGUGACCAGGCACUGAUAGAGAUAUGUGUUACUCGCACAACUUCCUGUAUCAAAGAGACAGGGACACUGCCCAAGUAUUGUGCGGCUCUGGUGUCAUUACUUGAGUCCUGCUUACAUCAUAACUUAAUGCCAGUGGGUCAUCUCAGAGAUGAUGAUCCACCACAUGCUAAAAUUGCCUCGGAUAUCAUAGCAUGUAUAGUUCUGGUCUCAUUUCCAUUACAAUCAGACAAGGAAACAAGUGGCAAUAAAGAGGUAAUGGAACUCUUCCUACCUGUCGCGGUACAGUUUCUACACAAGGGCAACAGAGAAAUAUCCCGACAUAUGGCUCGCUACUUGUCUCUGGCGGCUGUGCAUCAUGCUCCAUUACUUAAGCCACAUGUGCAGACAAUUAUGGACUCUAUUAUGUCCGGCAACUACCCCCUGUGUCGUAUACUGGCCAACUUGUACGAAGUGUGUCCGGAGCCACUGGAGGGACAUGUCACCGCACUAGUUUCACUUUUGCCUCAUGCUGAACAGGUGGAGAAGAACUCUCUGUUCGCGCUAUUCGAGCAGAUAGCGGUGCGUCGUCCGGAGGCGCUGAAGACAUGCGUACCACAGUUGCUGUCGUACUUGUGCCCUCAUACUGCCAGCCAGACCGACCCCUCCUGCAUGUGUAUUGAUCUGUUACAGCUGAUGGUGUGCCUGAGCCGAAGCCGUGCGUCGCUGGUGUGCGAGCACGGGGCGGCAGUGCGGCGCGCGGCUCGGCCUCCGCACGCCACGCCCACUGCCAGCGCGCUCGUCGCCACUGUACUGGCACAGCUCGGACACACUAGCAGGGAGCGAGCGCAGGAGGCGCUCAACUUCGUGGUGGAGCGGCUGUGCGGUGCGGGCGGGGGCGGAGGCGCGGGGGCGGAGCGCGCGGAGCAGGCGGCACUGCUGCGCUCCGCCACCGCACUCUGCUCCGCCUACCCCGCGCUCUUCACUGACCGCCUGCUCGCCGCACUGCGAGCCAACAACAACAGUCGUCCGAAAUCAACGAUAUCACACAGCGAAGUUAACAGAACGUCAGGGGGUGUGACUAUAGUGAAACUGGGAGGAGCAACAAGCAACAACUCGGGUCCGGUGAUACCGCACCCCUCCUCCAACUCGAGUGUGACCACGCCCCCUGCGUCUAGCGCCACGCCCCCCACAAACCCACCUAUCACGAGCGGGUAUACGAGACGAGCUAAGUUAGGAGAUUCCAGAAGUACAGGUCGCUUGCAUACAGGACCUAACUCACAUAGAAGUAUGACCAGGCUCAAUGUUGCUGGAGGAUCAGUGGGGGGCCUGCACAAGAGUAUGACGCGACUCUCCUCCUCGCAGCAAAUAAACUUACUCAACGCUAACCAGCCCGCAGCCGGUGGUGUAGGCAAGGGCAGUAGUGGGGGUGUGGCGGUGCCGGGGUCUCCGCCCCGCGCUCCACGUCAGCCCGCCCGACAUCACCACCACAACAUACUCAUCGGACCAUCCACGUCCACGAGUAUGGGUCCAACUAUAAUCUCUGGUCCGCCUCUCCAAACACAAUCUAUAUCUGUCAAUCCUCUGACGACGGGCAAGUCUACGGACGGUCUGACGCCGCUCACCUCCUCCGUCUCCAUACAACAUUCCAACUCGGCGCUGGGACAAAUAUCCGUCAUAUCGUCGACCCAACCUUUGCCGAACAACGGGUCGGCGCCCCCCGGACCCGUCGCCAACCCGGUGUCGAUCUCGGGCCCGGUGACGGUGACGUCACGACGCGCCAACAACACCAGCGUCACUAUGAUCAACUCCAGCUCGAGCGCGAACAGCGCGGCGAACGCGAACACGAACGCCAACCACCGCAUCAGCGUGUUCGAGCCGUACCCGAUGCGCGACACCGUGCAGCACUUCUGCGAGAAACACCUCGACAAGAUCAAGGCGUACAUGGACAACGUGUCGCUCAGACUGCCGCCGCCCGCCAAGUGCACCAUCGAAGAGAGGCGAUCUAAGAAGCAGGCGCGGCUGCAGUUCGCGUGCGGGCGACGCGGGCCGCACUGUCUGUACGCGCGCGCCGCGUUCUCUAUGCGCACGCGAGCGCCCCGCGUCUGGAUACAUCUGAUGUUCCUGGCGCUGCAGGCGAGACACGCGGCCGCACUCUCCUCGAGAGACCCCACCGUCGCCAGCCUCAAGCACUGCUGGGACAUCCUCAAGUGCGAGAACAAGACCUUUCUCACGCUGGUGACGGGCGCCUUCCCCGCCGCCAAGGAGCAGGACAUGCUGGUGGCCGAGCUGCGCGCCGCCGGCUUCUUCGACGUGUUCGAGCUGAGCGGCGCUCCGCCCGCGCCCACCGCGCCCACGCACGCCACCUGGGGCUGCUUCCUGUGCACGCGCCCCGAGCGCGCCGUCGGCUUCCUCGCCGCGGAGACUCCCGUCAUCGAGGGCCAGCUCAAGGAGAAGAAGGGCCGCUGGAGACUCUUCCGCCGCUGGCGCACCAGGUACUUCACCCUCUCCGGACAUCAUCUCUCCUGCAAGGGCGCCAGCGGAGGCGAGAGCAUAGACAUAAAUCAGAUCCGUUCGGUGAAAGUGUCGCGGGGCGCGCGCAAUAUUCCGAAGGCGUUCGAGAUCUUCACGGGAGACCAGACGUUGAUCUUGAAGCCGAAGGACGGCAAGAACGCCGAGGAGUGGGCGCAGUGUCUCAGUAUUGCGGUGGCGCACUCGCACGCGCGCGACGCCCCCGCCAAGGCCAACAGUCUGCCCGCACGCGGACUCACGCUCAAGAGCUUCUGAACACACGA